GAAAGGACGACGUCAGGGAGAAGUGGGAUGGCUUUACGCGAAGGAGAGGGGGAAGAGAGAGGAGCUCUCCCGAAGAAAAGUGCAGCGGGCUGUCGGUGAAUGAAUCCGGGGAAAGCGACAGAGCUGCGCCGCCGGGGAGGAACAACACAACCCAGCGCCGGGACAACAGAAACAAAAGCUUCAACCUGAGAGCUCCACACUGUGACUUCCUCUCUUCAAGAUCAUGGCUGAGGGAAGCUGCUUCGGUGCGUUGUAGCCGUUUGGACCUUGCUUCAGAGGAGGGGAACACAUCUGCUCGGAAGAGGAUAAGAUCAGCACUCACAUCUGGAUCUGAACCGGGAACCUACUGGACUUUACUCUUUGUAAGGAAAGGAAUUUAAACCCCCCUAAUACCAGGAGCUUUAAAGGGCUUCAAGGAGUUUUUUUUUUUUUUUUUAAUAUCAUCGGUUAUCAGAAAGACUCACCACCAUGUGCCAUGUUAUUGUAACGUGCCGCUCCAUGCUGUGGACACUGCUCAGCAUUGUGGUGGCCUUCGCUGAGCUCAUUGCCUUCAUAAGCCCUGAUUGGUUGCUGGGAUUCCCUCGGUCCGACUCCAGCACAAGCGGGGCGGGAGUGGACUCCGGGGAGUACCGGCCGUCUCUCGGCCUCUACAGCCGCUGCCUCCGCAUAGGGGAACGGGGCGUGGGGGUGAGCUGCGGGCCCUACGCUGGGACAUUUGGAGAAGUGGCCAGUGGCUUCUGGCAGGCGGCCAUUUUGUUUCUGGCAGCUGGGACGUUGGUGCUGGGAGGAGUGGCCUGCAUCUCCGUCUUCAGCCUGUGCUUCCAGAGCAUCAUGAAGAAGAGCUUGUUCAACAUCUGUGGGCUGCUCCAGGCUAUCGGAGGCCUGCUGCUGAUGGUGGGCCUCAUGCUGUACCCUGCUGGCUGGGGUUCGGAGAAGGUGAUCAGCUACUGCGGCGCCGAGGCCCUGCCCUUCAGGCCGGCACAGUGCUCGCUAGGCUGGGCAUUCUACGCGGCGAUCGGAGGGACGCUGGCGAGCUUCCUGUGUGCUGUUUUGUCCGCGCAGGCCGAGAUCGCAACCUCGAGCGACAAGGUUCAGGAGGAAAUCGAGGAGGGGAAGAGUCUGAUUUGCCUGCUCUGAGCCUUCAGAAACCUCGGGGAAACUCGACACCUGUACAUAGCCUGCAUAAAAUCAGCUCAUUGUUGAAAAGCUAGAAGCCAACAGUUCUUUUUAGUUGCUAGGCAUGGUGUUCUCUUUUGAAACACGCUGAGGCCUUCAUGGCGAUACCAAGACAAAAAAGGUUCAGGCUUCAGGUCAAGGAACAUUACCUGUACAUUUAUCCACUUUUUUUUUGACCAAGAUACUGUUUAUUUUUGUAAUAAUUCUUGCCGUUAACCACUGUAUUGAAAUAGCAGGAGAUUAGUUAAUAAAAAGCGGUAGUAGGUAUGUCGUUACUGCUAUUGUGGACAGGUUAAACACUGCCAGUAAAACAGUGUGUAGGGCUGUAAUGUUCAUUCACACGGUUCACCUGCAAAUCCUCAACAAAACCACUGAACUCUCGCAGAUGCGGCCCCUCUAAAAAACACCCAGUAACAGCUUGCAUGUGUUCGGUGUGUGCGUAAGAGUGUGUGUUUUUUCUAAAUGUCCUCAUGCUUUGAUUCGCAGCAGGACGGCUACCUUUUAAACAUGCCACUUAAGGGAUUGUUCGCUUUAAAGGGAGUUCCUCCUGUUAAAUGGAUUGUUCUGAGGUCUGUUGCAGCUUAUUAACCGGCAGAGUGUUUGCAGAGACUUUACCAUAUGGUGCGCUUUCAUGAGGGGGGGGAUGUUUGUUCACUGCGAGAUAAAGCAGGCGGCCUUAUCGGGACUUACCUUACGGCACACCAUGCAGACAAGAUCUAGCUUUGUAAAGUCCACAGCUCAGAAAAAGAAAAGUGAGUAAAUAUUCACGUGUGCUGCUUUGGACAUUUCUUUUUUACGCUUUUCUUUCGUUUGUACCUACUUUUACUGUUGAUAUUGUCUCUUGCACUUGCUAAUGAUUCAUUUCACAUUGCUACAUAUUUUUUUACUCACUUGUUUUCAUUUGUUCUCCAACAGUUGCGGUAAAUGUAACAUCAUGUGAUUGCGUUUAUUCAUUGUAGAUGAGACGUGCAAUAGUUCAGCCUUGUGUGUGUGUGUGAGUGUGUGUGUACACUGUGAGAUUGAGUGGACUGAGCGGAUGAGACUGAAGAGUGAAAUCAUGACAUGGAUUUGUAUGAAAAAAACAAACAAAAAAGCAUUCCUAGUCUGUCUGUGCUGAAGUUAAUAUGUUGUCUGUCCAGCUGUUUUUGUUAUAUUAACAAAAAGAGUAACAGCAUCUGUGGCACCUUGUGUGUUUGAUGCUGCAUGUGUGAGAGGUUGAUGUGAGUGAGGAGAGAUACAGUCUGCGCUUUGUACUCAAAUAAAACAGGCCUUCUUUAGUAAA